ACAAUGUAAAUUUGACAGAAUCGGUAUCUUAUGAUACCGAGUCUAAUAACAUUAAAAUGGAAAAAACUUCUGUGAACGAUGGCGAGCAGUUGGGAUCCGACAAAAUAGACAUGGAUAAAUAUGGUGCAGCAUCGAAUUCUGCCAGCAGAACUGAUGUAAAGGAUUUGGACGAAAAAUUAGAUGUCGCGUAUGAUAGAAAAAUGGAUGAUAUGAUAGAUCAUGAAAAUAUAAAAGUACAAGAACCUCAAGAUCAUACGGAUAAAAACCUAGCCGAGGAGAUAACGCGUAUUCGCGAUCAGUCUGAUAGUAUAAUUAAAUCGUCUACAAAUGAGAAGAAAAGAAAAAACAAAUUAGUAAGAACAGAUACGUUGCAAGAUGGAUCUUCAUAUGACGAAGAAUAUCAUCAAACCCCCACAAUGAAUUCAAAUCUCGGAACGACAUCUUCAGCUUCUAACAAAACUUUGAGAAAAGAAAAUAAAAUUUCAGCAGAAUAUAUCAAAACGGUGUUUCACGUACAUUUACCUAAUGAUAUUAAAGAAUUCGGUGUACCAGCUGUUGUUGGCAAUAUCAAGGAAUUAGGGUUCUGGGAUAACCCGAUUGUCAAGCUUCGUCAAAUUUCUCGCCACCUACCCCCCAAUUGUGCCAAUACCUACUGGAUUUCUGAUCCCGUUCGGAUUUCUUUAAAAGAUAUCGAGUCUGUUCAGGAAAUUCGAUACAAAUAUGUGGUUGUUCCAGCACAACAAAGUACAAUAAAAACUAAAGAACUCACAACUAUGAUCUCUGAAGGCUUUGAUGACGAUUCCGGACGUGUUCUUUCAUUGCAAAACAAUCAGUAUGAUAUAUGGAUGGAUGGAGAACCAUUCUAUAUUAGUAAAGUUGAAGAUUAUUAUUUUUCCGAGCUAAUAUUCAAUUCUUUAACUCCAGACAAUCUUAAAGAAAAAAUUUUAGAAUAUCGAAUAAUUCACAAUGAUCAUUGGGCAAAGGCAAUCGAUGCAAUGUCGAUUGAGUUUUCUAAAAAAUGCUUGUAUAAGAAUAAAUCUAAAGAGCAUCGUCUUUUAGUGCUUGUCGUUAUAGGAUAUUAUCUUCACAAACUUCAGAGUCAUACACGUUACCGUAUUGAAUUACCUGACGAUUUUCCUACAAAACCAUUACUUGAUGUAUUGUCACACAUUCAAGAAAAUACUUUUCCAUCCGAUGUGCAUCAAAUUGUUAUGAAAUCUUUGGAAGCUUUAAUUUAUCAUAACGUUUAUAAGGGUCAACUUGAGUGGUUAAAAAUAUUUCCCAUUGCUAAAUUUCUUGAUCCAGAAUUCAAAUUUGUCGAAUCUAUCAGGCUCAGAUUCAGUGAAUCUGAUGAUGAAUUCUAUUUCAUCACCACUUUGCAUAAAAAGGUAUUCGAUUACAUUGAUCAAAUCCAAGAUUUAAGGACUUAUGUUAGAGUUGGGAAGGACUUGGCUGAGUUAGUGGCGGAAGCAUUUCGACAAAGGGUUAUUGUGCAUUUAAAAAAUGUUUGUGCAUGUCUAAAUUUUCCGUCAGAACAUUCAAAUGCAAUAUUUCGAUUAUUACAUAGUCAACAACUUUUUUGGACAUCUGAUGAUUAUAUUACCGUGCUAGAUUUAUUUUCUCAAUUCACUAAUUUUGAAAUGUUACUCCAUUUCCAUGAAUUAUUAAAAACUUUUCAAGUUUGGUUUGAUGAUCUGAUAGAUGAACGGGAUCAAUUUUUUAAAAUUUGUAAAAAAUGGUAUGAACGCUUCUUGGAUCAUUUAACUUCUUUGUCUCAGAUUAAAAAGGACACCAUCAUCUUGAUUUUCCAUCAUGUAUCUCUUCUCUAUGAGAGAAUUGGAAAACAUACAAUGCUUUGGAAAAAAAUAAUGGAGCUCACUACUAAUAGUAUAAAACAGUUUCCUGAAACCCUUGUUUUCAAAGCUAUAUCAAAUAUUGAGAAAUUUCAUCUAGAAGUUGUUAUGUAUUUUCGUCGUAUAGUUGAAGAGAUGUUGACUGAAUCCACAAAACAAAUCGAUAGUCGAUUGAUGAUGAAAAUUGAACAAAUUUGUACUGUUUCAAGUGGACAACUUACUAUUCCAAGCUUCGAAGAACUGAUUUGUCACAUUAUUAAAUGUUUGGGAACUAACCUCAUAUCUCAUGAUGCAGAUUGGGAGGUGGCCCCAACAAAUUUUCACCUGUCUCUUCUUACUAAUGGUUAUGUGGAAAAGUUAAAUUCACUUCAUUGCAUCAAAAUGGUUAAAAAAGCGAUUUCUCAAUUGGGUCGUGAUAUAAUAAAGGAAUCGAUUGACAUUUUUCUCUUACAAAAUAUUCACAAAUACGAUGAUGAUUAUUUAUUAGCAUAUUUUAAAUCUGUGUCAAUAUUCGAUGAAGAUGACGUUGAAAUAUAUGUCACAAAGGAGAUCUUGAAAUCAGUUAAGGAACAAAUUAGAGAAUAUUUGCAAACAUUUGAGCAUAUUAAUGCUUUCUAUGUACGAUAUUGCUUAAUCACUAAAGUCACAAAUGGACAAGAUGGUAUUGAUGAAUUACGUGAACAAAAGGACAUGUGGGAAUCGAUUUCGCUUAGUAAAACCCAGGAUCCUGAAAUUUGGAAAGACCAUUCUGAGAUUUUAGAUGUUGCAAAGAAAGUUUAUAAAUACAACAAAUCUCAAACAUUUUAUAAUGUUUUUGAAAAAAUUUUACAAGAAAUUCCGGAUGAAAUAAAUGUACAAACACUUGCACAAGAUAUCAUGCCAAAAGUUUUUGUAUCAUACAUUAAAGAUUGUUCUAAAUUUCAAAAUUGGCAAUAUAUCCAAUUACCGUUCGCAGCAAUGUUUUGGAAAAAUGUUACAAAUAUCAAUGCUGAGCUUGAAUUCAUGGCUGAAUUUAUUCCCAGGAAUCAAGACCAAAAGUACAUAAUGACCCUUACUCAGCUCUCUGAAGUUUUGAAAAUAAUACAAAAGUUACAUCAACUAACAACUGUGAUAGAAAUAUUUAAUAUACCUCGGAAUGAACAAGACUGGCUCUCGGAAGCACUUAAUGAUCUUGAGGGACAAUCGAUCCUCUUAGGACAAUUAAGUUCUGUAUUUGAUUCCAUUAAUGAUCAUCUUGCUGUCAUUGAUGAAAAUAGUUGGUCAUUAAUUAAAGAACUUUCAAAUGCUGAAGAAUUUAUCAAUUUUCUAAGAUCUAUUGCGGAGCACGAUCUUAAAAAUCUUAUAAAUGGUGUUGAUGAUCAUUCUGAUGAACGAUUGAUUCAAGAAGAUACCGUUGCAUCUCUUAUUCAAGUUAAACAGUUCUUGUUUCCACUAUUAAGUGCUGCAUCAACCUUGACCUUGGAUACGUUCUUACAAGAUUUGGCUAAGAUCAUUGAGUUGAAUCCAACACUCGCAAGCAAAGUUACAUUAUGUAAUAGCAGCAAUAUGGCGUUACAAAAUAUGUAUGCAAACAUUAGUAACAGAGGGGAAGUAACUAAAGAAAAAAUUCUAAAUGCCGUUAAAAUUGGGACUUAUAAAUUUGAAUGGAAAUCAACAGAUAAGAAGUGUUCAGUGAAGUUAUCAUAUCAAAUUACGAAAACAAGAACUGUCAUCUCAUAUAAUUUUAAUGACUUGCAAGAUUUACGUGGACGGGCUCUUUUAAUAGCAAAGCCAGAUAUCACAAAUAUCACAAUUGGAGGUUCAAAUGAUGAGAGUAAAAAAGAUAAAACAAAGGAAAUAAUGGAUGAAUUUGUACGUCAAGUAGAUAUAGCUCAGGACAUCGUUAAUAAUAUCGCCGCGAAAUUAAUUGAGACUGGUCACUUUGGUUAUAGAGAGUUUCAAGAAUCAGUCAAAGGAUCUGUAAAUAUGACUCAGUUGGCCGAAAAAUUAAAAUUAGAGCUUAGAAAAUGGGAAAGUUUAGUGAAUAAAGCGCAAGAAAAUCAUUUCUAUUUAACAUUCUUUCCAGCGCGACAUAUCCUAGAAUUUUAUGAUUUUUUCACGAGUCGUUCACCAACAAAUACUAAAACAUGCCAAACUCUCGUUAGAUUUGUAAACCCGAAUGCCAAACUACAGACUAGAGAUAGAACUAUAUCGAUUGCACGAAGGGAUUCACAUCUUCAGAUAUUGAAUGAUAUUGGAACUAAAUUAAGCCUUAUUUUUGGAUCUCUAUCCAAAAAUCCGCGUUUGCUAAAAACUCCAAUUGAACGCGUAGCAUCAGAUGUUGUGAUUCGUGGAAGACUAUUUGUUGCAGCAUGUAAUGACAAGUCACGAGUUCCAAACAUUAUAAUGUCGUUGUAUGCAAACCAUGGAACAUUUCCUGAAGCUUGGCAAGUCUUGAUUUGUACAUCUUCCACAACCUUGGAAGAACUUUCAAUAUUUAUCAAAAGAUGUUUUUUGGCUUUCAAAAAUGGAUACGAAAACCAUUUGUUUUGCAUGGCAAAUUUGGAAUUACUUGACUUUGAAUUACAAUACAAUUUGGUGAAUAAAAUUCGAUCUAUGCGAGAAAAAGAACCUAAUUACCUCCUAGCACUAGUCUGCAAUUCUGAAGGUGGAAUGCAUCAUCACAUAUUGGACCAAUUUUCGCAAGAUGUUCAUGCAACAAACGGUUUAAGUUCUAGUGCAAUGACAACUAUUUAUCAAAAAUUGUGUUCUAAUGUUACAUGUGUAUCAUCGGAUCUUUCAGGUCAGGGCAAAACGGAAUGGAUUAGACAUGAAUGUUUUGAAAAUAGUAAGCUUCCAAAGAGUUUUCUCAUUAGUGAUGGUGCUGAUUUUGGAAAGCUUGUUCGUCAGUUAAAAGAGUUUACACUUAGACCAUUGGAAUGUGUGCAUAUAAAUAUAAUUUCAUCCGAUUAUCCUGGCGAUGUCAAUUUGUUUCUUUUUGAACUUUUAAGUUUUGGAAUAGUAUCUAAUAAUGCUGAUAUAGCAAGCCUUCCUCGCACAACAUCCAUAUAUAUUGAAGUUGCAUCAAGCUUCCAACAGCAUUUACUAAGAUCACUCCCGAUGAUGGAUUAUUUACCAAAACAUCACAUUACAUGGGAUAUUAAUAAUUUGAUAGUCUCACAAGAUAUUAAUAGUCCCAUGCAAAUAGUAUGUCGCUAUUUAUUUGCACUUCAUCUACUUCAGAUCAAUGAAAAAAAUAUUUUACUCCAAGGCCCAGAUAUAGCUAAUGAGGUUAUUUGUGAUGUACUAUGUCGAGAACUUAUAAAUCGAUUUUUUUUUAAAGACAAUAAUUCAGAAGAAAUACUAUCAUUCCGAUUUUUGGAAAUUUUCGUUAGUGUCUUUGCUGAUCAGCUGGUUCGACUAUCUUCGAGCUCAUAUUUCAAAGUUGAAAAUAUAGCUUUGAUGCUUGAAAAAGAAACAAAUAUUAGGACAACAUUAGUAAAAACGUUAUUAGAUGUGUCAAAGGAUUUUGCCGUGAGGUCAAUUCAAACGAAAGCAGUACAAUUAGAAGCAACUUCAUUUGAUGGCAUAGAAAAUACACAAUUAAAUACAAUUGUGAAAUGGGAUGAUUCAAAUCAUUUAUUAGUAUUCUUUUUAUCACAAACACCAGAUUCUAUUUGUGCUUUAUAUCGCGACAAGGACAAAGUUCCUGAAAAUGUUCAACAAUUGCUUGAAAGUCAAUUUAUUGCGCAAAAUUUGGAAAAAUGGGAGUUGGAUGAUUAUUCAAAAAUGUCAUCCAGAGCUCUAUUGGAAAAAUUGGAAAGUAUUGCUAGAAAAACUUAUCAUAGGAUGGAGUAUACACCUUACGCGUUGUCUGCGGACAAUUUGGUAAAAAUGGCAUUAAUAUUAUUGAGAACACGUGCAAAUAUUCCGGUGGUAAUUUCUGGGGAGGCUGGAUGUGGAAAGACAAGCUUAAUUGGAUUCUUAGCCGAAGUUGUCGGAGCUCAAUUCUUUGCACUUAAUCUCCACGCUGGAAUUGAUGAACAAACUAUUGCUGAAUUCAUGACCGAAGCCCGAAAUAAUGCCAAGAAAGGCGAAGUUUGGAUAUUUUUUGAUGAAAUUAAUACUUGCAAUCACAUAGGUCUUCUUUCGGAUUUAAUAGCUCACAGAAUUUAUCUUGGUAGUACAAUACACUACAACAUUCGAUUGUUUGCAGCAUGUAAUCCUUACAGAAUUCGAACCAAAAGUGUUAGUGAAGCGGGAUUACAAACUAAGCAAAUUAAGAGAUAUGAAGAACAAAGCAAUCUUGUAUACGAAGUCAAACCACUUCCAGAUCAAAUUCUUGAUUAUGUUUGGGAUUAUGGUAUACUUCAACCAGAUGAUGAAAAAAAAUAUAUUCAAAUCAUGGUAGCUACACAAUUAAAGGGAUUAAGUCACCCAGCUUUAGCUGACCUAUUAUCUGCUUCCCAAGAAUAUAUUCGAAGUGUAGAAGAACCAUAUAGCGUCAGUCUGCGUGACAUAAAACGCGCAAUAACUUUAAUUCAAUUCUUUUACAAGAGUUUACAAGAUCGGCCACCAAUUCGUAAAGAUGCACCAAAAUAUCCGCCCGAUUCGCGUGAUAACAUUCGUUCAUAUGUAUUGGCAUUAGGGCUUUGUUAUCAAUCGAGGUUAUAUGAUCAAUCAUUACGUACAAAAUAUAGGAAGAUUAUGUGUGAAACAUUUGAAGCUCGCGGUGUUCAUAUAGAUGAAAAAGAAUUCAUGAAGAUUAUUAGAGAUGAACAAGAAGAUUAUAUUAACAGAAUGGUCUGUCCACCAAAUACUGCAAAAAAUGAGGCGCUUCUAGAAAAUGUUUUGGUUAUGACCGUUUGCAUAUUAACCAGAAUACCUGUUUUUAUUAUCGGCGCGCCUGGAUCUUCAAAAUCAUUAGCUAUUCGUCUUGUUGGUCAAAAUUUGCGUGGAUCUGAUUCAAAUGAUGAAUACUUUAGGAAAUUGCCACAGGUAUAUCUCAUUCCUCAUCAAGGUUCAUCAUCUUCAACAUCCGAGGGAAUUUUAAAGGUCUUCCAAAAAGCUCAAAACUUUCAAGAAACAAGUUCAAAUGAAUUUCCCGUAAUUAGUGUAGUUCUAUUGGAUGAAGUAGGAUUGGCCGAGACAAGUCCAUUUAAUCCAUUGAAAGUACUUCAUUCACUAUUGGAACCAAGUUAUAAAUCUAGUCGACCUAGCGUUUCUGUUAUUGGAAUAAGUAAUUGGAGGUUGGACAAUAGCAAAAGUAGCAGGGCCCUGCUAGUUCAAAGGUUUGACUUGGACGAUCUGGUAGAUACUGCAGCCCGUAUAUUAGACAACAAAUCUUCUGGCCAGAUUCAAAAAGCAUCUUUAUACCCGCUCGCAAAAGCAUAUUCCAUUUACGAGCAAGAAGGUCAAAUCCUUCCAAAUUUCCAUGGCUUAAGAGAUUACUAUGCUUUCAUUAAAUCCCUUUCUUUAAAUGCUAUAACACCCGAAAAUAUACAAAUGGCGUUAGCGAGAAACUUUGGUGGUACUAACAAAUUUUCCGAAAUAUGUCAAAAAUAUUUUGGUAACGCUAUAAAUGAAUUUAACAAUCAUAAAUGCUGGGUUUAUAAUCCUAUACCUACUGAAAAAUUAAUCCAUAUGAACUUGGAUGAUGAGG